AUGGAACUGCUAUCAAUGGAUGUGGCCUUGAUAAAGAGUCAACUGUGGGACGAGUUCGAACUAGAGGACGCAAUUUUUGCAGAGUGCAGUAUAAACAACGCCAACCAUAGCUUCCAAGUGAUAACGCCUAGCAGGUGCGUGGUGCUGUGCGCGGAGAGCCGUAGCGAGAUGGAGUCCUGGGCGGGGGCGCUGCGGGGCGCGUUGCACCGCGGCGCAGAUGUAGCGGACCUGGUCGCCCGUCUCUCCUCCGGCGAUCACCACUGGUACGCUGCGACCCACGCCCGGCCGACGUUCUGCAACGUCUGCCGCGAGCCCCUCGGCGCCCUGGGAACGGCGCACGCCCUCGCCUGCGAACUGUGCAAGUACAAAGCGCACAAGAGGUGCGCCGCUCGAGCGCCCCCUUCCUGCAAAUGGAGCACGCUCGCCUCGCUAGGGCCGCACGUGGUCGAAGACGCCGAGGGG